GUAUUAUAAAAGUAUAGUAAGAAAUUUGUAUUAAUUAUCAAUUAAAAUAAAUACUAAUAAAACUAUGAAUGAAACAAACGGCAAGUAUCCGUACGAAAAGAUCUUUGGAUCAAAUAACGGACAACGGUUUAAAGGAAAUAAACUCAACGAUUAUCAUGAGUCUGAUCUAAACGAAGACAGCGAAGAUGGCAGAGAUCGGGACACAAGUCUUAUGCUAGAUCUGGAGGAAUCGGAUGAGAUGACAGUCGGCGAGUGUUGCCUUUGGUUCAGACAACGAUAUUUCACGCACGAGAAACUCCGCCGACGGCUGCCAUUCCUCUCGUGGCUCCCGAACUACUCUUUAGCCGAUCUUAAGGGUGACGUAAUCGCCGGCCUAUCGGUGGCCUUCACAAUAGUACCGCAGGGACUGGCGCUGGCGGUGUUGGCCGGUCUGCCCGCACAGUACGGCCUCUACACGUCGUUCAUGGGUUGCUUCGUAUACGCCUUCCUCGGCAGCUGUAAGGACGUGGCGGUCGGCCCGACGUCUAUAAUGGCCAUUAUUGUGGCCCCGUAUGUGAUGAUGGGUGGCGUCGAGUACUCAAUACUAUUGGCCUUUUUGGCCGGUUGUAUACAAUUCCUGUUUGGUGUCCUAAACUUGGGGUUUAUAGUCGACUUCAUCUCAUAUCCGGUGAUAUCGAGCUUUUCAUCGGCGGCCGCCAUCACUAUCGCCGCCUCGCAAUUGAAACUACUGUUCGGUAUGCACUUCACGGCCUCCCGAUUCACGGACACUAUGGUUAAGGUCGCGGCCAACUUGACAGACAUCAACCCGUGGGACACCGGUAUGGGUGUCGCGUGUCUACUGUUUCUCAUUCCCAUUCAAUUGGCAAAAGACUUUCGCUUCAGACCCUCCGAAGACGGUAUGGACACGAAAGCGCGCCAUCGAUGGUAUCAAUUUCUGAACAGCGUUUGGAUGAUGACAGUCACCGCACGUAACGCAUUGGUGGUCAUAAUCGGCGCACUCAUAGCCGGCUAUUACUCGGGCUCACACUUGUUCACACUGACGGGUCAGAUCCGCACAGGUUUACCGCCGUUUCAAUUGCCACCGUUUUCACUGCACACCAACACUACGGACACGGCGUUUGGCCAGAUAUUCUCAGACUUGGGAACCGGUGUGUUUGUUGUGGCCCUCUUGGGUCUCAUGGAGUCGGUAGCGGUGGCCAAAGCCUUCGAGACGGCCAAACUGGACGCCACGCAAGAGAUGCUGGCCAUCGGCACGUGUAAUAUCCUCGGGUCGUGUUUCGGUGCAUUUGCAGCGACCGGCAGCUUCUCGCGAUCGGCUGUCAAUCAUAACUCUGGAGUUCGGACACCGUUUGGUGGGAUAGUGACGGGUGGCCUCGUAUUGCUGGCACUCAGCACUUUGGCCCCGUAUUUCCAGUAUAUACCGCAAACAGUUUUGGCCACAAUCAUCAUUACGGCCGUCAUAUUCAUGUUGAGACCGUUGGAUCCAUUCCUCAUAUGGCACACAAACAAAGUCGAUGUCUUGCCUUAUAUAUCAACGUUCGUCGUCUGUCUCCUACUGGGCCUCGAGUACGGCAUAGUGGCCGGCAUCGGGUCGUCGCUCAUCAUAUUGUUGUACCAAAUGGCCAGACCUAAGGUAUUCAUUGUCCACAAGAACACACCCGACGGCUACCCAUUCCUAUACGUAAAGCCCGAUAGAAGUGUAUUCUUCCCAUCCAUUGAAUACAUGAAAGUGAAGAUUAAUAAAGAGCUGCCCGACUGUCGGGAGAUGUCCUCCAAGAUUGCGGUCGUGUUGGACGGCGAGCACAUGUUCAGAGCCGACUCCACCUUCGCUCAGGGUGUGAAGAAUAUGAUAUCAAGUAUGAGUGACCGACGAGUGCUGACCGUGUUUUACAAUCUCCGUAAGUCAGUGGUCGGUGCCAUACAAGGGGUGGGCAUUCCGGCCAACGACUUCCACAACUGCCGCACCGAACACGAGGUCUACCAUCUCAUCAAAACUCAUAAUAAGAUCCGCGUCUCCAGAAGCGCUUCCAAUGUCGAGACACUCUUCACUCAAAGUACCAACUCUUGUGGUCAUUGGAUCUCACAGUCAGCUCAGGCUUAUUAA